UGAAACAUGUCGAGAAGUGGUACAUUAUGGGUAAUUCUUUUCUUGGGUAUUUGCAUGGGCAUGGUUACUGCCACUGCGAGGGAACCUAAAAGUGAAAACGUGGAGUUAUUUGGUCGAAGAUGGCCGCCUAUUCCUUGGUGGAGACUACCAUGGCGUGUAUACUACCCAAACUACCCGCCAUUGCCUCCGCCUCCGCCCUCAGUUGCUAAUGUGAUUCCGCCAAUGGUGCACAUGGAUCCACCUCCCCCUCCACCGCAUGUGGCUCCACCACCACUUCCGCCACUGCACACUGCUCGUCCGCCACCGUCUCUUCCCCCUGUUACUAAUGCAGUUCCGCCACCAUCUCCACCACCGCACAUGGCUCCACCUUCCCCUCCGCCACCACACGCGGCUACAUCACUACCUCCGCAACAACUUCCUCCUCUUCCCCUAAUUGAUAAUGUGGCUCCUAUUCUGUCACCGCCACCUCCAGCAUUUCAUUCACCGGUGGUUAAUAAACCUCCUCCAACUCGGGGUGAUGAACCAAGUGAUUGUUCGAUGGUUUUGAUAAACGUGGAUGGGUGUGUAUCAGAUUUGAUCACUUCCUUUUUCAAGGAUCAAGUUUCAUUAUCCAUUGAUUGCUGCAUAGUCAUUUCAAGAAUUUCAGAUGAUUGCUUCGACGCAGGGUUCAUACAUUUCAGGGUGCCCGUUUUCCUAACAAAAGUGAGGGACUAUUGCAGUCACCACCCAAUAUCACCUUCACCAUUGCCUCCACCUCCGCCCUCAGUUGCUAACGCGGUUCCGCCGCCACCUCCACCACAACACGUGGCUCCACCUCCGCCAUGGCACGCGACUCCACUUUUGCCGCCGCACGUGGCUCCAUCACUACCUCCACAACCGCCUCCGUCUCCGCCUCCAGUCGAUAAUGUGGCUCCUAUACCACUACCACCGUCUCUAGCGUUUCACUCACCGGUGGUUAGCCCACCUCUACCAUCGCAGACGGUUACACCACCAUCACCAUUGCACGUGGCUGCACCACCACCUAUGCCACCGCACGUGGCUCCAUCACUGCCACCACAACGGCCUCCAUCUUCGCCACCAGUUCACGAUAACAUGGCUCCUAUAGUGUCACCACCACCUCCAACGUUUCAUCUACCGGUGGUUAAUCCACCUUCUUCGGCUCCUUGGGGUGAUGAAACAAGCGACUGCUCGACGGUUCUGAUCAAUGUGGAUGGUUGUGUCUCAGAUUUGAUCACUUCCUUUUUCAAGGAUCAAGUUUCGUUAUCCGCAGAUUGUUGCAGAGUUGUUUCAAGAAUUUCAGAUGAUUGCUUUGAUAGAGCGUUCACGCACUUUAGAGUACCAGUUUUCCUAACAAAAGUGAGGGACUAUUGCAGCCACCAAGGGUGA